ACCAUCUCCACCUACGCUUUCGUAACCUUCACUACUGGACUGGCUCUGGGUCGACCUGUUCUUGAAUUGAUCUUCGCUCAAGAGCUCUGUGAGCCUAGCUGCUCCUUACGCGUACCAUUGAGGCCGACCUCCAACCAUGCCGGCAUUACAAGCUGCUGCAGAGCCACGCCCCUCACACAAGCCGGAGCCGUUAGGAAACGCACCUUUCGUCUUCCUAUUCACCACAUGCACUCUAUGCGCGCUAUUUCUCCUCUGGCGCCGUGCAUCUGCGCUCCGGGGCGUCGUCGCACAUCAGUUGACGAGCUUCUCUCGUAACGACGGUCGCAUACGACUGUCUAUGGAUGAAGGGCCGUCUGCGCGAGAGUUCUUGGACGAUGACUACGACGAGGAUCAUGCGAGGCUGGGAGACGACGAACCACUGGCCGUGACCGCCGACCGUCUGCAGAAGGCGGUUUCUGUGACCAAUGGCGAGCCGGAGGAGUCUACGCUUCUCUUCACUGACGAAGCGGAUGAAGAGGACCCUCCACCGCCACCUCCGAAGGCAUCCCCACCAUUGCCUCCCAAGGCAUGAGCUCUUCGUCUUCGCUAGGCAUCACUUGUCGAUCCAUAUGACUGUACUGUUCAAAGACAGUUAUUCUUCCCAUGGCAGGAGACAUCGUCGAAUGUUCUGCAUGCCCUCUCCA